AUGCCUUCGUCCGUGCAGAUCCUGACCGGCUCAUGCGUUUAUGUUCCGUGCACAUUCACUAUACAACUGGAUAUGGACAAAAAACUGGACGACACCUGCGCAGUCAUUUGGUAUCCCAAAGCCGGACCUAAAGUGUUCGACUCUAGGCGCACGAAGACGGAGAAUGCCAGGUUAAACUUACUGCAGGGAAAUGUUGUUGGGAACGUGCUGGAAAAAAACUGUAGCACCAUCAUGGAACCAAAGUCGUCAAAGGACGUCGGCCCGUAUCACUUUAGGCUGGAGUGUGCCAACGCACUUAAGUACAGUUAUAAGAAGACAUCUGUUAAAUGGGACUUUCAAGACUCAGCGCCCCAACCCACUAUCGAACCUACCACGGUGGAGGUUGUGGAGGGUACUGUGCUGGCCUUAAAGUGUCAAGCGCCGGUUCUUUGCCCAACGUUGCCCCCGCUGUUGACGUGGGCGCCAGAGUUAGGCACUGUCCAGGAGGAAAUGGAUGCAAACGUCUCAGCGGUCAUGACGUUUAACACCACUUAUCUACACGACAACGUUAAUGUGACUUGCAGCGCCGUCUACACGAGACAAAAGGGAUACACUGAGCUUUCCACGGAACAGGUGUUGACGCUUCGAGUUUUGCAUGCUCCUAAGAACACAUCAGUUUCAGCAUCGCCACCUGGCUCUUUGCCCGACGGCAGCGCCGUCACUUUGAAGUGCAGCGGCGUGGCCAACCCACCGAUCACUGACGUCAACUGGUACCGUGUGAACGAUAGCGGUGCGACUCUGGUGGGUUCGGGCCAAGAGCUCACCUUUAAUGUCACCAAGCUUUCAGAAGAAAGCUAUUAUUGUGAAAACAACAACAUCCACGGGGCGCAGUCGGCUGAGCCCUUCACCGUUGAUGUCACAUUCGCCCCCGAGAUCCUGACUUCUUCCGACUGCCAAGAUGUCCCAAGCGGGACUCAGUGUUCCUGUAUUAGCCAGGCCAACCCGCCGCCUCUGCUGCAGUGGGAAUGGUUGGGAGUGUUGGUCAAUAACUCCAACCAGAAACACAUCACGGAGCAGUCCCUCGACAAGCUCACUCGCAGAAGCGUCAUCAUCUUUAAGAGCCUGGACAGCAACAGUGGAACUUCUCUGGUUUGCGUCAGCUACAACCAGUUUGGAUAUGACCGUCUAACUUUGAACGUGCCCUUGACCAACUCAGAUAUGACGGCUCUGGUGUGUUCUGUCGUGGCAGUGGUGGCUCUGCUGAUAUUGAGUCUCGUGGUUUUGUACUUUUGGAGGAAACCUGAUUUCAACUUCCAAGCGAGGUGGAGACAAGCAAAUAGCAACGCAGGCGCUUCGGUCACCAAUAAACACAACGUUUCCCAAGUGGACAACUUCACUGCUGUCAACUUGACCAGACUGCGGUCCCUCAACACUGACGAGAUCAAACUGCAACACAUGGGUAGCGACAACUAA